UCACAGCGUGCUCGUCGCCCCUCGUCAUGCCAGCACGUCCACGCGCCUUCCUCUGUCUGCAGAUCCGCUGCUUUGGUUGGUUUGGAAGGGGGAAAUCCUUAACUGGGCUGCGUCAUAAAUACGUCAAUAAAACUCAUUCACCGACGGUCAGGUACCACGGUAGCCGCCAUAUUCGUAUCAAUGGCAGGGCAGCAGUGUUCUCGUUGAGCAUAUGUUCCAGUCAGUGACAUCAACAGUUCCCCCGCACCGACCUCCUCGCGUCCCUUCCCGGUAACGGUCAGUACCUGAGCGUCAGAGCAAAACAGCCGGACUUCCACGGAGAGAGACGCAGAGAGGGAGACGGACAUGCAACGUGGAGCGGGGUCUAGGUGGACUACGAUGUCUUAGACUUUAGAGACUUUAGAGCGGAAUCUUGGCACAAGAUGGAGGUUAACAGCGUUAGCAGUGAGGUCAAUGGACAUCAGAUCAUGGACGAGCCCAUGGAGGAGGGAGAGUCCUUUUCAAACUGUGACGAGGGGACGUAUAAAGAGAUUCCUAUCACCCACCAUGUGAAAGAAGGCUGUGAGAAAGCCGAUCCGUCUCAGUUUGAGCUACUCAAAGUCCUCGGUCAGGGCUCGUUCGGCAAGGUGUUUCUCGUCAGGAAGAUCCUGGGUCCAGAUGCUGGUCAGUUAUAUGCAAUGAAAGUAUUAAAAAAAGCAUCUUUGAAAGUCAGGGACAGAGUUCGGACCAAGAUGGAACGAGACAUUUUAGUGGAAGUUAAUCAUCCCUUCAUAGUGAAAUUGCACUACGCCUUUCAAACAGAAGGGAAACUGUAUUUAAUUCUGGACUUUCUCAGGGGAGGGGAUGUAUUCACUCGCUUAUCCAAAGAGGUUAUGUUUACAGAGGAAGAUGUGAAAUUCUACCUUGCAGAGCUGGCUCUGGCCCUCGACCAUCUGCACAACCUGGGCAUAGUUUACAGAGAUCUCAAACCAGAGAACAUCUUACUUGACGAAGCUGGACAUAUAAAGCUAACAGACUUUGGCUUGAGUAAAGAGUCAGUAGAUGCUGAUAAGAAGGCUUAUUCCUUCUGCGGUACGGUGGAGUAUAUGGCCCCUGAGGUGGUCAACAGGAGAGGACACACACAGAGUGCAGACUGGUGGUCCCUGGGAGUACUUAUGUUUGAGAUGCUAACAGGAACUUUACCUUUCCAAGGGAAAGACCGCAAUGAGACCAUGAACAUGAUUCUUAAAGCUAAGUUGGGAAUGCCUCAGUUCCUAAGUUUGGAAGCCCAGAGUUUGCUGAGAAUGCUGUUUAAACGUAACCCCGCUAACAGACUAGGGGCGGGGCCUGAUGGAGUGGAGGAGAUCAAACGCCACGCUUUCUUCUCCACCAUCGACUGGAAUAAACUCUACAGGAGAGAACUGCAGCCCCCCUUUAAGCCUGCAGCAGGUAAACCAGAUGACACGUUCUGCUUCGACCCAGAGUUCACCGCUAAAACACCUAAAGACUCCCCAGGUAUCCCGCCCAGUGCUAACGCCCACCAGCUCUUCAAAGGCUUCAGUUUUGUUGCUCCAACUCCUAUGGAUGAGAACAAGAGCUCUCCGAUGCUCAGCAUACUCCCUAUAGUUCAGGUUCACGGGGGCUCAGCCAAGUUCUCUGAUCUGUACGAGCUGCAGGAAGACAUCGGAGUCGGGUCUUACUCCAUCUGUAAGCGCUGCGUACACCGAGUCUCGGCCAUGGAGUAUGCUGUGAAGAUUAUAGACAAAAGCAAGAGGGACCCGUCUGAGGAGAUCGAGAUCCUGAUGCGUUACGGACAGCACCCCAACAUCAUCACUCUGAAAGAUGUGUACGAUGAAGGCCGCUACGUGUACCUGGUGACGGAGCUGAUGAAGGGAGGAGAGCUGCUGGAUCGAAUCCUCAGGCAGAAGUUCUUCUCUGAGCGAGAGGCCAGCGCUGUGCUCUUCACCAUCACCAAAACUGUCGACUACCUCCACUGCCAAGGGGUGGUCCAUCGAGACCUGAAGCCCAGUAACAUCCUGUACAUGGAUGACUCUGGGAACCCUGACUCCAUCAGGAUCUGCGACUUUGGGUUCGCCAAGCAGCUGAGAGGAGGCAACGGCCUGCUGCUAACGCCAUGUUACACCGCCAACUUUGUGGCACCAGAG